AAUCGAGAAUACCGCCCUGAUUGGGCAUGCCUUUAAACGCUUAGCCCGAUGGUGCUCUGGUGUUCCAACUUUAGCAAAAUUCAAAAAUUACAUCUGAAGCCGCAUGGUAUGACGAGAAAGCGGCUGCGAUUGUGCGUGACGGCGUUAAAAGUUUCGCAUCUGGCGCAAAAAGCUGCUGCUCAUAAUUGACGCCGUGGCAGUUUCUAAGCCGGCGCCUGUCGCAUCGAAAGCGAAGAGGCCCCCUCGAUGGUGAGGCACGGGAAACGCAGCAAAUUUCCUUGCGUCCCUCGGAAGGGCAUGGGACCGCGAACAGGGUGGCCACGUGAUUGGCCACCAGACGUUGGCGCUUGGAUUUGCGCUGAAAUUCGCUUGAAAUUCGCGCCUGCUCUUUCUAAUGGGUGCCCAAGCUCUAAGCGAAGCGGUACAUAGACGCCGGAAUCGAGCUCUCCUGGAGGAAUUCGCACGGUGAAACAGCGGAGGAAUUCGCAAAGUGGUACAUCGAGAACCCGCGACCCAGCGCCCCCGACAAGCGGCAGCAGGAACACUGCCAGGAGAUUGUGGACGCGAUAAACAUGAAAAAGCGUAGCCGAGACCUCGGGCGGUCUUGCAGCAGUAGCUCAGCGAAUUAAAAAUUGAUCCAUGAUUCCAUUACACCAGGGGCGAUCGAUGCGGUCAGGGUUUAGAAGGAAAAAGGGCUUCUAGUAGUAGCGUCGAUCUCUUCAAUCAAAACUGAAAGUAAUUCCGUCAGCACAUUCGUUCUCUGAUCCACAAAAGCGUGUCGGUCUAUUCUAGGUAGUUAGUUGAUCGCAUUCUUGAUUUUUACAGCUCAGAUGACGUCGGAAGAAACGACACAGCAAAGUGUUGAUAUCGACGACGCAAAAGCCGUAAGUAUGAAAGUCAAUUGAGGUGUGGGCUAUCCCCAUCCUUAUCCUAUCCUAUGGUUCGAUCCCGGUCCCGUACAUUGUUCCU